AUGCAGGAGGAGGCGGUGCGGGCUGCGCUGGAGAGCGGUGCAUGGCGCGAGAAGAAAGACCCAAAGUCCGGCAGGACUUACUACACCAAUGCACAGACACGCGUCUCGGUCUGGAACCUCGCAAAGGAGCUUGCCAAGCCGCAGCAACGGCAGACCUCCGCGGAGGAGGCUACCUUGAGCAAACUGAAGAGUCUACAGAGCCUGGGGGAUGAACGGAAGGCGCAGGCGAAGCAGUGGCAGGCGGAGGAGGAGGCGCUGAUGCAACUUGUGACGGAGCUGGAGCGGGAGAAGGCACAGCUCGAGAGUGAGAUCACAAUCAUGCGGGGACCGACAGAGGCGGAGGCAGCGGCUCUACAGGAGGAGCAAAAACGGCUGCAGGACGCAAAGCAGAGCUUUGAAGUUGUUGUAUCGGAGGAGCUGCGAAAGCAGGAGGAAAAAACGGCGGAAUUGCAUCAACUUCAGGCCCGAUUGGUAACACUACGGCAGGAGCGGCAGGAGGAGCUGGAGGUGUUUGAGUCGUUGAGUAAACGACUGGGGAAGCUUCGCGAGGAGCAUGCGGAGGUACUGACAGAUCUGCGGCACGAGGAGGCGGUUGAAGAAUCAUUGCAGGAUGAACUGCAGCGUGAGGAGCGGGAGUUAGAGGACGCGUUGCGUGAGGAGGCGCGCCUGAAGGAGUUUCUGAAGCUGCGGGAAGACGAGGUGGACCGCAUGAAGGCCGAGUUAAAGUCUGUUUGCCAGCGAAGGGCGGCGCAGCAGCAGCAGUACCAGCGACUGGUGGAGGAGGUCGCAGGGGGUGAGAUGGAAGCAGCAGAGGACACGGUAGGGGAGCCUUCGGGGUCCUCAUCGCUGCGGCCUUGUCACUUGCAGCGUGAGGUGGCAACGCAAAAAAGGAACCUGCAGCGUCUAAGGAAGCAGCAACAUCUCGGGACGGAGGCGGAGUGGAUGGAUGCGGAAAGCGCCGAGUUGCGGCGCUUCACAGCCUUGACGGAGCGUGAGGUGCAACGACUUGCUCAAUUCUCACGUGAAUUGAGUGAUCAGACGCGAGCAGUUACGCCACUGCUGGAGGCCAUCAAACGUGAAGUGCGACAGCUGGAGGAGGAGGAGGAACAGCAGUGGAAGUAA